UACAUUAAUAAAUUACUUGUAUUAAUAUCUUAAUAAACUGCCACAUGUUUUUCUUCAGACUCGUCUUUGCCUCUUCAUGAGGGUUUGGUGCGGUUGUCUGGAGAGAGUCAGUGUGAGGGGCAGGUGGAAGUUUUGAUCCAGCAGGUCUGGAGGAAGGUUUUGCUGGACUCCUGGAGUCUCACUGAAUCCUCUGUGGUCUGCAGACAGCUGGGCUGUGGCUCUGUGCUCAACUUCUCGGGCUCCUCUUCAUCCAGUCCUGAACACAGUCAUGAGUGUGUGAUGGGCUUCCAGUGCUCUGGGAGUGAAGCUCAUCUGGGGAACUGCAGCUCUCCACAAACUCUCAACUGCAGCUCCACACAACAGCUGUCAAUCACCUGCCUUGGCCGCGGGUCCAUCAGGCUGGUGGGUUCUGGGGGAGACUGUGCAGGGAGGCUGGAGGUUUUUCACAACGGCUCAUGGGGGACAGUGUGUGACGACUCCUGGGAUAUUAAAGAUGCCCAUGUAGUGUGCAGACAGCUGCAGUGUGGAGUGGCCCUCAGUAACCAGCAGGUACCAGCCUGGUUUGGUCCUGGUUCUGGACAUAUUUGGCUGGAUGAGGUGGAGUGUGAGGGGAAUGAGACGUCCCUGUGGAGCUGCUCUUCUCCAGGCUGGGGAAAACAUGACUGUCUACACGAGGAGGAUGUAGGAGUCAUCUGCUCUGAAUUUACAGAGAUCAGGUUAACUGACGGCUGUGAAGGGAAUGUGGAGGUUUUCUACAAUGGAUCCUGGGGAAAUGUGUGCUUAAAUCAGAUGGACAGAGACACAGCGAGUCUGAUCUGUCAGGAGCUGAACUGUGGAAGAUCUGGCAGUGAACCCAGUCAUUCAGUGAGCCUGAGAUCUGCUCCUAAAUGGUUGGAUCAUCUUAAAUGCAGAAAACAUGACAAAACAUUGUAUCAUUGUCCAUCUUUACCCUGGGGUAAGAACCACUGCUAUAUAGAUGAGGUGGCCAAAAUCACUUGCUCUGAAAAAGAGACUGAUGAGUCACCAAAGAGUCAUCUGACAUGUUCAGCAUUUCCUCACCACAAACAGUGUUCAGCACAUGUUCCUCUCAGACUGCGUGGAGGGGACGGCCGGUGCUCUGGGAGGCUGGAGGUGUAUCAUAACGCUGUGUGGGGCUCAGUCUGUGAUGAUCUCUGGGACAUCAGCGAUGCUCAGGUGGUCUGCAGGCAGCUGGGUUGUGGAGCAGCACUAAGGGCUGAUGGGAAUUCAACCUUUGGUGCUGGUGAAGGUGUUGUGUGGCUGAACGGAGUCCAUUGCAGAGGGAAUGAGCUUCACCUGUGGGACUGUCCUUUCUCCCUGAAGAAGCACAAUGAUUGCUCCCAUGAAAAGCAUGCUGGACUCACCUGUGCAGACUUGUCAGGUUUGUCAGUGUCCACUACUCUUUCCACAUCAGCAUCAUCUUCUGCUGCAGUUUCUCAGACAGUGAGCUCAACAUCAGUCUCUCCUCCACAAACUGGUCCAGAAAAUCUCCCAGUCCCCCCAGUGCUGGUGAUUGUUCUGGGAGUUGUGCUCUUACUGCUCUUAGUGCCGCUGCUUAUACUGAUUCAGCAGAACAGAGUGAUGAGGAGAGCUCUCUCUAAGAGGAGACACAGGACCACCACUGAGGCUGUUUAUGAGGAGAUUCAGCACAAACACUUCACUCAGGGGGACAAACUGGACCAAGAUGCUUCUAAGGAGUGCCUCAGUGGUGUACACAAAUGCUUGUAA